AUGAUCCAUGGCCCGAAGCCUGCAGUGACGAUCCACGGCCCGGAACCUCCGGCGACGAUCUGCCUGCCAGAGUCUCCGGCGAUGUUCCGCAGUCCAGAGCCUCAGGCGAUGGUCCGCAGUCCAGAGCCUCAGGCGAUGGUCCGCAGCUUCUGGAAGGACACCUAUGCUGUGUCCCCAGUGCCCUCUGUCCCAAACCUUGUCCCUGCCUUGGCAGGCUCCUGCGUGGUCAUCCCCUGCUCCUUCACUCCUCCAGCCUCUCACUCCAUCCUGGGCAGGCAGGUGGGCGUGAGGCUGCGCUACAGCAAUAGUCACAUCUUCUUCCUGCAGAGUACAGCUUUCAGUUCGGAUGACAAAUCCACGGUCAGCAAGGAGUUCCAGGGCCGGACAUCCCUACGGGGAAACACGGACGAUGGAGACUGCUCUGUAAUGAUUGACAGGGUCCACCUGGCUGACUCCAAUGUCUAUCAGCUGGCGCUGAAGGGCCAUGGACAGAAAGACUGGGGGAAGGCGAGGAGUGUCAACAUCGUUGUGUCAGAGUCCCCAGAGCUCCCAGUGAUCAGCGGUGUGAGGGCAGCGUCAGAAGGACAGAUGGUGUCACUAAACUGCAGCAUCAGUUACUCCUGUCCCUCCCGGGCCCCCACCCUCCAGUGGCGGUGGGAGAGAGGAGCUCAGGAGAACAGCAGCGAGUACGGGGAGCCGCAUGUACUCCGGCCCCAGGGUCAGGGGCCUACGCUACGGACCUCUCUCACCUUUAUCGCAUCGUACCGCAUCAAACCCAGAAUGAGGUGUGAAGCAGUAUAUCCAGGAGGAAGAAGAGUAUACACCGUAAAGGAGCUCCAUGUGACAUACAAGCCUGCCAUCCUCCAUCUCUCCUCCUACUGUGUUGUGGAGAGGUUGGAGGUUCUGUGUCGCUGUUCUGUAGACUCCAACCCCCGGCCUGCCGUAACCUGGAGUGUCAACGGUAGUGUUCCACCAUACAGUUACAACACAUCAGUAGGCUCAGAGAACGGUACACUAACAGCCACGCUGAAGGGCCACAUGGAGACUCCACUGAGGGUAGUCUGCUUCGCCAUCAAUGCACUGGGCAACGACUCCCACACACUGCUUCAAGCAGAGGAUGGUUCUCUGCUGUGGAAAGUGAUACCUGCAGUAUGCAUCUCUUUGGCCACCUUCCUCCUCUCUCUACUCCUCCUGUUCUGCUGUCGAAAGAGGUCCGGAAAACCUCCGGUGUAUCCUGGGGACAUGGGGAUCUACCAGGAUCGGAUGCCCCUCUACAUCAACUGCACUGAGGUCACCAACAUCUACACCAAUGGCAGUUACCAGCUGGUUUACCAGAACUGCACCCCUCUUUUCGUCCGGACCAAACAGAGGAUUGAUGGUUACUAA